AUGUCCAUGGCCCUGAAACAAGUUUUCAACAAAGACAGGACAUUCCGGCCCAAGCGCAAGUUUGAGCCCGGCACGCAGCGAUUUGAGCUGCACAAGAAGGCCCAGGCCUCUCUGAAUGCAGGCUUGGACCUGAAGCAGGCUGUGCAGCUUCCCCACGGGGAGGACCUCAACGACUGGGUGGCAGUCCACGUCGUCGACUUCUUCAACCGCAUCAACCUCAUCUACGGCACCAUCAGCGAUUCCUGCACCGACCAGACCUGCCCCGUAAUGUCUGGCGGCCCCAAGUACGAAUAUCGCUGGCAGGAUGAACACAAGUACAAGAGGCCCACUGCGCUGUCGGCCCCCAAAUACAUGAGCCUACUUAUGGACUGGAUCGAGGUCCAAAUCAACAAUGAAAACAUCUUCCCCACAAAUGUCGGUACUCCAUUCCCUAAGACCUUCAUGCAGGUGGCUAAGAAGAUUUUAUCCCGCCUGUUCCGUGUGUUUGUCCACGUCUACAUUCACCACUUUGAUCGCGUCAGCCAAAUGGGGGCAGAAGCUCACGUCAAUACCUGCUACAAGCAUUUCUAUUACUUUGUCACAGAGUUCAACCUCACGGACCACAAGGAGCUGGAGCCUCUGAAAGAGAUGACCUCUCGAAUGUGCCACUGAGGGGGGGACCAAGCUGAUCUGUGGACGCACACGCCGGACAAUCACAUCCGUCCAAGGGGAGGGGGUGUGGGGCUGGGGACUGCAGUUGAGAUCUUAAAUGACAAGUACAUUCAUAAAGAGUCUAUUUUUAUAUUUAAGUACUGUAAUCUAUUUUAGCUACAGACUAGGUUUUAACCAAGAAGCUCAACUUUUAGGUUGAACAGAAAACAUUUGUCUCAGAGUAAGUAUUAAAAGGUCUAUGGUGUUUUUAUUUGAAUUUCAGAUCAUUCCAAUAUGCUUUUGCUUUUUCUUGUCCAAAAACGUAGUGUGAUUUCUUACUGUACAGCUGUAUGAUCACUUUGUUGUUGCAAUAAAAGGUCCUACUCUUA